GUGCUCCGCCAGCGAAACGUCCGCGCAGUCUAGAAUCCGUCAUCCGAUCGGAAGGUGCUAUAGCCGCUCGUCAGGAGUCAAGAACUUGGAACGGAACACCGAUCGCGUUAGAACAUCGAAGUCCACCAUGAAAUUCGCAGCUAUCUUUGAGGCUUCGUUUUUGGUAAUCUGCUUGUCGCAAGCUGUCAGCAGUCAUGUCUUCGGCUACUCUGAGCCCAAUCAGCGUCGCUGGGCCCGUCACCAUGGUCAUUGUGCGGGGAAAACUCAAUCGCCAAUUGCCAUCACCACCAGCCGGACAAUGUCCGUUCACAUGCCGGCGGUGGACAUGAUUGGCUACCAUAACCUACUGCCCUAUCCAUUGAAAUUGCUCAACAAUGGUCACACAGUUUCCAUCAGCAUACCUAAGGUUAAUGUUACCGAGGUCGGCGAGGAUUUCCUGCCCUACAUCAGGGGGGCCAAACUGCCCGGCGAAUUUGAGUUGGAGGGCCUACAUUUCCACUGGGGCGACAAGAACAACCGGGGAUCCGAGCACGUCAUUAACGACAUCCGCUACACCAUGGAGAUGCACAUAGUGCACCGCAACAAGAAGUAUGCCACCAUCGGAGAAGCUCUAAAUCAUCCGGAUGGUGCCGCCGUCCUGGGAUUCUUCUUCAAUCUCGAUGAGGAUGAGGGUCCUGGCCUGGUGACCAUUAACCGGCAUUUGCAUUUGAUUGCCGAUGCCAACCAGGAGGCCAUGCUCAACGUUACCUUCUCGCUUUCAUCGCUGAUUGCUGGUGUGGAUGUGGACAAGUUUUACACCUACAAGGGUUCCCUAACCACUCCGCCUUGUUCGGAGGCCGUCACCUGGAUCCUGUUCCCCGAUCCUAUUCCAAUUUCGCCCAAGCAGAUCUCGCGAUUCCGCCAGCUGUCGGACACGCAAGAUGGAGCUUUGGUUGAUAACUUCAGGACCCUGCAGCCGGUGGGCAAUCGCAGGAUCUUUGCUCGCACAGGACAUGUGCGUCACACCUCGAUCGCUGCUCUGAAGCACGAGAGCGACUAUCUCAAGUACGACUGGUUCUACUGAUCUAUUGACUCGAACUGGCAGCCGGAUGUGGAGCACUGUGCCAUCCCAUUUUAGGAUACCUCUAAACUAAGUAUUUGAUAAGUUACACUAACAUUUAGUCUAGCCAUUCACAGAGAAUAACAAUAAUUACAAAUUCAAGAGAAUUAAAUAACAUUAAAUCUA